AUGUUUCCAAGCAAGUCACACAAUGAUAAUGGGGAAGGCCUGGUCAAAACGUCGUGUACAACUGAGGUCCAGGCCGCAUUUAUUCUUUCCUCCUUCGUGACCUUCUUCAGCGGACUUCUCAUCUUGUUCAUUUUCAGGUUAACGUGGAGGGCCAUAAAAAAAUGGCAAAACAUCAAGGGAACAGGAUUUCUCCUGAAACUAAUCUUGUCAAAGAUCACCAUUAAUAAACAUUUUAAAAGUCUCCACCUCCAUGGAGUAUUUCGUGACCGUAUAGAAAUGCUGCUUUCAGCACAGACAUUUGUCGGGCAAGUGUUGCUUUCUCCUUUCAAUUGCUUUGUAGGUUUGAGGUUCUUAAGAGCGUUGCGGCUGCUAGAACUCCCUCAAAUCUUGCAAAUUCUGAGAGCCAUCAAGACCAGCCCAGUUGGAAGCUGUUCUUCAUACCAAGACAAAACCAUCCCUAUUGAUUUGCUUUUCAAUGCUUUCUUUAGUUUCUAUUUUGGGUUGAGAUUUUUAGCUGCUAAUGACAAGAUCAAGUUCUGGUUGGAGAUGAAUUCAAUUGUGGACAUCUUUACCAUCCCACCAACCUUUAUUUCUUAUUAUUUGAAGAGUAAUUGGUUAGGUGAGAUGAGGUAUUUGUGUUGUUCUGGAAUGUGUCAGAACCCAACAGCUCUUUGUCUUUCUUCUUCUAGCAAUUCAGUGAAGUUUUCCAAACUGUUGGCAAUCGUUCUCAGUACUUGGUUCACGGCUGCAGGAUUCAUUCACCUGUCAGUUCUGCCAAGGGCUUCAGGUCCUAUUCCUCGUCAACCUGGGGUCUCUGUAUUCAGGACCCUGGCGGCUCCACCUGGCCUGGCUCAGCCUGGAAACCUCAGGACUGCAUUGCGCAUGCCCAGCGACAGGUCCUACCACGCCUGCGCAGACUUUACCUUGGCCAGUCACGUCGGCUGGCCUAAUCUUGCUAGCUUUUUCAGAGUUCCUCCUUCUUUGGAACUGGAAACCAUAUUUAAAUGCUACAUGGCCUACACAACUUUUGUUUCUGGAUCUGCACUGAAGUGGGAGGAUCUUAGACGAGUUGCGGUAAGAACUAGUUCUUUUAUUUUUUUUUCUCCUUGUAGUUACUCUAAGCUCCUUUGUAUGUGGCACAUCACUGAUAAGCAUCUUUGUUGUUUAUGUAGGGUGCUCUCUAUCAAGAACUAUAACCCUAACACCAGAGUCAUCAUACAGAUACUUCAAUCCCAUAACAAGGUUUUUCUGCCAAAGAUUCCUAACUGGAGCUGGACUACUGGAGACAACAUCAUCUGCUUUGCUGAAUUAAAGCUUGGAUUUAUCGCCCAAGGCUGUUUGGUACCAGGCUUGUGUACCUUUCUCACAUCUCUAUUUGUUGAGGAAAACAAAAAGGUUUGUCUUAAACAACCCUGGCAAAAAGAUUUUUUAAGUUGCUUGAAGAACAAACUCCUGACUCAACGUCUCUCUGAUGAUUUUGCUGGAAUGACUUUUCCUGAAGUUUCCCGGCUCUGCUUUGUGAAGAUGCACCUCAUGCUGAUAGCCAUAGAACACAAAUCUGUACUUCCCGGUUACUGUGGCCUGGUACUAAAUCCACCUGCAGAAGUUAAGCUGCAUAAGAACACAUUAGGGUUCUUUAUUGCUGAAUCUGCAAAGGAAGUCAGAAGAGCCUUCUUUUACUGUGCCACCUGUCACAGUGAUGUGUAUACUCCUGAGCUAAUUGGAAAAUGUAACUGCAAAAGCAAGAGCCAUCGACACUUCCCAGGGACAAUAAUAGUAAAGAAAAGCAGCACGAAGGAAUUCUAUAAUACAGCAAUGACGGAUUUUUUAUCAGUGGAACGGCCAAGCAUAAUUAGCAACUUGAGCUUUGUCACCAGGCCUUUUCUCUAUGAAGAUUCUGACUGUCUUGAUAGCAGUGGCAUGUUUCACUGGUGUAGAACAACCCCUUUGGAAAAGGUGAUUCUGAAACGAACUGACAGGUCAAAACACGAGUUUCGGAACCACGUUGUAGCGUGUAUCUUUGGAGAUGCCCAAUCAACACUGAUGGGGCUUCGGAAUUUUGUAAUGCCCUUGAGAGCUAGCAACUACACCCGGCAGGAGCUGAAGGACAUCGUGUUCAUUGGGUCCCUGGAUUACCUGAAGAGAGAAUGGCGAUUUCUCCGGAAUUUCCCCCAGAUAUACAUUCUGCCUGGAUCUGCACUCUAUUCUGGAGACCUCCAUGCAGUCAACAUAGAGGAAUGUUCCAUGUGUGCUGUCUUAUCCUCCCCCUCCAAGUCAUCAGGCAGCCAGACUUUGAUAGACACAGAGACCAUCAUGACCACCCUCAACAUAGGAUCACUACGGAUAAGCUCCAGCUUUAAACCUUGCCCUAGCAUAUCUGAUGAGCCCAUUUACACUGGUGGAUGUAGUGGGAAAUCAAAAUACCGAAGAAUCCCCAUCCUCACUGAACUCAAAAAUCCUUCCAACAUCCACUUUAUUGAGCAGCUUGGUGGGAUGGAAGGGCGUCUCCCAGGAACAAGCCUGCAUCUCAGCACUUCCUUUGCCACAGGCGCUGUAUUUUCUGGCAGUUUCUUGGAUUCCCUCCUGGCCACAGCAUUCUAUAAUUACCAUGUCCUGGAAUUAGUUCAGAUGUUGGUGACAGGAGGGACAAGCUUCCAGAUGGAACAACAUGGGGUGAAUGACUGCUACGCUGCAGUUAUGUCUGAAAGAAAGCGGUGUAAGCUGGGGCUGUUGUCCUUAAAACAAACCAUUUUGUCGGACAUUCAACCAAGACAGACCUUUGGGCAAAUUUUCUGUGGCUCAUUAGAUAAUUUUGGAAUCCUGUGCCUUGGCCUAUACCGCAUGAUAGAUGAAGAGGAGCACAACCCCGAGCACAAAAGGUUUGUGAUCACCCGGCCAACCAAUGAGUUUAAGCUGCUGCCCUCAGAUCUUGUGUUUUGUGCCAUCCCUUUCAACAGUUCUUGUAACAAAAAGGAUGUUACUUUAUAUGAAGGUCCAUAUGAAAUUAUAAACGUAACGCCACUGACAUCAGAGGCACCUACAGACAUAAACCAUCCUCCCACAGUUGAACAGAAGACAACACAACCAUUGAAUACAUCAAUCUAUUCUUUGGAGCCAAAAACUGUCCUUGUUAGUGAUUCUAAACAAGCCAUUUUGACUCAGAAUGGUAAACCAUUACCUCAGACACAUCUAGGUGAAACCAGGAAGGAAAAUGGAAAGGCAAACAUGAAGAAUACCAUAGGGGACAACACCUCUGCAUAUCCAAAGUCACACUAG